GUUGGUCGCUGGUGGUUAACCAACGACCGUCUGCUUCUAGAACCCUCACACGCGUGCACCACAUUCUUCCACAUUCUUUCCGUGCGGCAGUGCACGACGAUCCACAAACUCUUGCAGCCGACCCGCGACCUUCCCGCUGCAGCCCGACGCGUCUGCCCGCCGAUUUCCCCGCGCGACUGACAGCUGCGCAGAGCAUGCUGCGCGACACCGGCCAAUAUGACCACACUCACCAAGAUGACGCUCGUUGACUGGCUCGACGACCUCUGCGUCCGAUUUAUCGUAAACCUACCGCAGGAGGAGCUGCUCUCGGUCGAACGAAUCUGCUUCCAGAUUGAAGAAGCACAAUGGUUCUACGAAGACUUCAUCCGCCCGCUGGACCCCCACAGCCUGCCGUCGAUGCACCUGCGCAAGUUCUCGCAGCUCAUGUUCCAGCACUGCCCGCUGUUCUCGGCGUACUCGGCCGAGCUGCACCAGCAGGCCUACGACCAAUUCCUCGCCUACAAGACGCGUGUGCCCGUCCGCGGCGCCAUCAUGCUGAACCAGGACAUGACUCACGCCGUGCUGGUCAAGGGCUGGAAGAAGGGUGCAAAGUGGAGCUUCCCACGCGGCAAGAUCAACAAGGAAGAGAACGACCUGGACUGUGCAGCACGAGAGGUCUGGGAAGAGACAGGAUACGACGUGAAGGAGGCCGGUCUGGUCUUGCCCGAGGAGCAGAUGAAGAGCAUUACCGUGACGAUGCGCGAACAGAGUAUGAUGCUGUACGUCUUCCGCGGUGUGCCCAUGGACACGUACUUCGAGCCCAGGACAAGGAAGGAGAUCUCCAAGAUCGACUGGUACAAGUUGACGGACCUGCCCACCGUGAGGCGGAAGAACCAGGCACAGCAGCAGGGCACCGGCCAGGACCAGAUUAAAGAGAGCAGCUUCUACAUGGUCGCGCCGUUCCUUGGGCCGCUCAGGGCGUGGAUCAAGCUCCAGCACAAGCUCGAUAAGCAAAAAGCUCGGUCUGGACAACACGUACCAUUGCCGCCGGCGAUUACAGACGACGAGGACUUGCAAGCUGAAGCGUACGGCGAGAGCAUGCCACAGGGCCCCGCACAGCCGCUCGAUGACAGCUUCGCCAAUCUUGUCGCGCGGCUGGGCCAGAGCCAGCCUCAAGAGUUGGCAGGACAGCCUCAGCAACCUGUAGAUCCAGCGGCAGAGCUCAAGAAGUUGUUGAGCGUAGGUAGAGGCCUAUCAGCACCCUCGCCCCCAGUGGAAGUGCCAAGCGGUCAGCCUCGGGAACUUCCACUGCUAUCCAUGCUGCAAGGAAACAGCGCGUUUGGAGGUCCUUCAAACACAUUACCGCAGACACCAUUCGAUCAGAUCUUGCACACCCCACUGUAUCCUCCAGAUAGUCCGCACGGUCGAAAUGGUCCCCAGCACGGCCAAAACCGCCCGCUGCCAAUGGGCCCUCCGCCCUCGUUUCCAUUCCCAUCGCAUCAUAACAUCCAUUUUCAAGGACAGCACCCUCAGGAUAUGCCGCUGCACUUGCCACCCCGGUUCAUGCAACCUCCACCGCCUGCCCAGCACUUCCAUCAGCAAGAAUUUGGCCAAGCGCCACCUCAACAUGGCUUGUUUACGGGUGCCCCUGGGAGAGGGCCAGAAGUCCCAGCCGCGUCUGGUCUACCGACACCGAAGCUCAACGCACACACUCUUGGGCUGCUCAACUCCUUCAAGAUCGACGACGAGAAGCCAACACCGCCGCAGACGCAACCCUCGCUGCAGCAAACUCAGUACAACACGCCCAGAUUACAGCAGCCGCAUCCGCAGCAUCCACCGCACGAGCUUGUAUCGCCUCCGUAUAUGGUCAGCCCGCCUACGUACCAGUCUCCUCCACUUAGUCAGCCACAGCCAAAGCCGCGGACUGUCCACCAAGACUCACUACUCACCCUGUUCAGUGCAACCCCGCCGGCAAAGUCUCCUGCAUCUGCUGAGCCGGCCGAACUUUCAGCGCAGCCGUUGACACCAGGCUUUAUGCAGGCGCAACCAGUCAAAGCUCCCAACCAGAGUCUGCUUGAUCUUUUCACACAAGAUCCCAAACCUGGACUCACCUCAGCCACUGUCAGUGGACCUGUCAACGCACCAGACUUCGACACAGUACGGAAACGCAAGCAGCCCUCGAUUCAUAGCCACUCUCGAGGCGCAUCUCCAGCAAGCCAGGCACCAAUUGCCAGUAACAGUUCAGACAUAACUGUCAUUGCUGCCUCCAAGCACGCCCAGCAGACGCAUGGAGAUAUACGUACAGCACCUGCGCCGGCAUUCCAGCCGCACGUUCUGAAGCGACCCCAGCAGGGUUCUCCACUCCCUCCUCCUACUGCACAGGCUCAGAGUCUACUGAGCAUGUUCAAGAACCCCUCGCCCCAGCCUGCAACUGAGCGCUCUGCCUUUGCACCAGCACCCACAGCCCAAGCGCAGAGUUUACUGGACAUGUUCAAAAGCCCUUCUCCUCAGCCAGGAGCUCCUUCUCCUCAGACGGGAGCUGCACGACCAGCCCAAGCCGACAACCUACUUGCCAUGUUCAAGAGCGCUUCGCCUCAGGUCCAACCAGCUCAGCCAGAACUCGCAGCGCAGCCUGUCUCUGGCGAUGCGCCUCCAGCACAAACGCAGAGUCUGCUGAACCUGUUCAAGAGCCCCUCACCACAGCCACAUGCGCAUCUCGCCCAGGCCCCUCGAGCGCCGUCAACUGCGUCACCGGCGACCCUCGCCGCGCAGCCCGCCACCUUCGACCGCCGCGAGUCCACAGCCUCAGACCAGCGCACCGCUCUCCUCGGUCUCUUCAACAAGCCCUCUCCUCAGCUCUCCCACCGUGCACCCAUCCAGCAGUCCCACAGCCCACUCUCGUUCAAUAGGACACCAAACCCGCCCACUCCGAAGACAGCAAUGUCCGGCAUCGCGAGCCCAGUCAGCCCGCUGCAGCAGGGCAGCCGCACCGGAACACCCACCGAUCUCGCGCGCAGUCGCAUCUCGAGCAUCGGCGAGUCGGUGCCGGGACAGCCCCCGCAGGGCGUGCACAGCGUCCAGCCCCAGGAGUUGUCUGGGGUUGCGCGGUUGGGCGACGCGGCGACGAAUGAUGCGAAGAGUCCCGUCGACAAGACUUUUUUGCUGGGCUUCUUGGAGGACGUCGCUAGGCGCGGGCGUAAGUGAGCACGCAUGGUAUUGCGUUGUAUUGGGAAUAUGGCGUUUGGGGCCAGGGAUUGGCUUGGUGGAAUUUUAGGUACAUAGCGCCCGGCGGGUGUCUGGUACGCAGACAAUACUAGUACGACUUUCAUAUAAUUAUCACUGGCGAUGUGAUAUGUGUCUGCGACGCGGUAUUCGAACGAAGCUACGUCUGAAUGAUAGCGCUUUGCUUGCCAGUAUGUGUAUGCGACUAUGUACACUAUACACCAGAUUGCAUUCGAAUUCAAGCAUAGCCGUCCUCAUGCAUGAGUCCAUACCGUAAUACCGUCCUCCCCAUCGCCAUCCAUCAAAUAUGCUGAGUGGAAAAACAAAAUUCAGUUUUGGCUCUAGCGCGAGCUGA